CAAGAAAGUCUAGCAGAGAAGAGGCGUGAAAAGAUCGCCAUAUUGAUGGACUGCUACAACUGAAUCACCGCCUCGUGAAACCCUACAAAUAAAGGGCUUCUCUUCCUUCUCAUUCUCUCAUCAUCAUCCAGACAGCUAUUCCUGGGUCAAGGCUGAAACAGAGGAGGGUGAUAUACAAAACAGAGUAUGAAGAUGAGAAUGGUUCACGGGGGAAGACAUCAUCAUCAUCACCCUCAUGGGAUGGGUAACGGUGGCGGACAUGGGCAUCAUGGUGGGCAUGGUCGUCACGUAGGAGAACUUCUCUUUAGGCAUGGUCUCGGAGGACAUGAUGGGUGUCACGGACAUGGACACGGGCUUCAUCUGAGGGGUGUCUUAGGACACGGGGGUCAUGGACAUGGACAUGGACAUGGGCUUCAUCUGAGGGGUGUUUUAGGACACGGGGGGCAUGGUCAUGGACAUGGGCAUCAUGUGAGGGUUCUUUUAGUCCAUGGCCAUGGACUUUACAAACAUGGUCAUCAUGGUCAUGGUCAUGGACAUGGGCAUCAUCUGAGGGGCCUUUUAGUCCAUGGGCAUGGACUUUCCAAACAUGGUCAUCAUGGUCCCCGUCAUGGUCACAAAGGGAGGCGCCAUGCGCAUGGCCGAUGUGGGAGGCGUCAUACCUGUACGGGGCAACCCGAGCUGGAACAGGAACAGGAAGAGGAAGAGGCAGAGGAGGUCGCUGCUGCAAUGCCGACUCCGAUAAUUGAGCAACUCGUUACUCUCGCUCUGACCGCCGACUAGAGAGGAUGCCGCUUGGGGUUGCUUCUUGGACAGUAACGACGCCGUGUGAGCAAUAAUGCGUCUUGGGAGAUUUGGUGUUUUGGUUCCUCCCAGUGAUCAGCAUCAGUUUUCUCUGUUUGGGUAGUUUCGCUGGAUGAUCAGAUUCAGCGGUCGUAGUGUUUGUGGAGGUCCAUGGAAGUUUCUUCGUAUGCUUUUUGUGUACCAAUAUUAUGCAAAUGGGACACUACAAAUUUAGUGUGA